AUUUAUUUUGAGACAGGAUCAUAGUAGCCUUUGUUGUUUUGAGAAGGGGCCUCAAGUAUCCCAGGCUAGUUUCAAAGUUCCUAUGUAGCCAAAGAUGACCAUAAACUCCAAUCCUACCUCUGCCUCUCAAGUUCUAGGAUUACAGGAGAGAGAUAUGCAAAUAGCAUGGCAGUGUUCUGGAGUUUCAGAGGUACAGAUUGUAGCUUAGGGAGGCCUAGGUGGCUAGACUUUGCAGACUAGAAUAACACUGAGACAGGUUGUUCAGGGAUAUGAAAAUCUCUAGCUACAAAUUUUGCACAUUUUAUGAGUUUAGAGAGAGACCAGAAAACAGCAGGUUAGACAUUCCAGUCAGAUGGGAAGACCUCAAAAUAUGCCUGGUUUUUAAUGGGUAAGAAUCUCAGCAGUUUAAAAGCAGAGUACUAUGGAGUGUGGUGUAGUUCAUUGGUUUAGUAUAUGCCUAGCAUGCACAAGGCCCUGGGUUCAAUUCCAGCUCUGAAAACCAAAAAGCAGCAACACAUUGAUCUGACCUGUAAGAAACUUAACUGUAUACAUACCAUGUACAGUCGAUGCUAUUUUGAGGGACUGCUUGAGAGGUGGCUCAGUGGUUGAGAACACUAUAGGUGUCACUCUACAAGAGGAUCUGAGUCCAAUUAUCAGCACCUAUGCAUGUUAGGCAGCCCAUUACGGCCUGUAAUUCCAGCUCCAUUGCAAUCCAUCACUUCUGGCCUCCAAGGGCACCUUGCAUGCAUAUACUCAUACCCCCCCACAUAUAUACAUAUAAAAAUAAAAACAUAUCUUAAAAAAUGCCUGAGACUAGUGUUAACCCACCUUCAAUCUCUUUUCUUUAAGUUAGGGUCACUAAUUCAACCUGGGUUUUGUUGGCUGCUUUUUGAGAAAGGGUCUCUUGUAGCUCAUCUGACCUUGAACUGAGUAGGUAGCCAAGGAUGAUCCUUCUAUCUCUGGCUCUUCAGUGAUGGGAUCUCAGGCAUGCACCACCAAGCACGUUAAGCAGUGCUGAGGAUAAACCCAGGGUCUUGUGACUGCUAGGCAAGCUCUCUAUCAACUUGAGAUGCACCCUCAGCCCUGGGAAAUCUGAGGAUUAGACUUGGUGAUCUAAGCAGUUCUCAAAAGGACAAACACUGUGUGAUUCUCAGUACAACUCCUUACAUGAUGUACUGGCAAAUGGGAAUUUUGAAAGCAUGAGGAUGUGAAAUGAUUCCUUUCGAAAAGGAUAGAAAGUUCAUUCUGACUGGGGUUUAACCUGUAAGAGGAAAUCUUCAUUGCAGAUUGAAAGGAAAUAAUGCUGAAUGCUUAUUACGUGUCAGCCAGAGAAAACUGUUGUACAUAUAUCCAGUUAAUCAUCAAAGCAAACACAAGUCAGUAUGAGUACUACCCCUUUGCACAUUAAGAAAGAGGCUUUUCUCGCCAAGAUGAUGCUGAAAGCAAAGAAGAAAGCUCCUGCCCCUCCCAAAACCGAAGCCAAAGCGAAGGCCUUGAAAGCCAAGAAGCCAGUGCUGAAAGGCAUCCACAGCCACAAAAAGAUCAGCACGUCACCUACCUUCCUGAGGCCCAAGACCCUGCAGCUCCAGAGGCAGCCCAAACACCCCCAGAAGAGCGCACCCAGGAGAAACCACUAUGCCAUCAUCAAAUUCCCCGUGACCACUGAGUCAGCCAUGAAGAAGAUAGAAGACAACAACACGCAUGUGUUCAUUGUGGACGUCAAGGUCAACAAGCACCAGAUCAAACAGGCUGUGAAGAAGCUCUGUGACAUUGAUAUGGCCAAAGUCAACACCUUCAUAAGGCCUGACGGAGAGUAGAAGGCGUACACACAGUUGGCUCCUGAUCAUGAUGCUCUGGAUGUUGCCAACAAAAUUGGGAUCAUCUAAAUUGAGUCCAGCUGGCUAAUUCCAAAUACACACUUUUUCACCAUAAAAAAAUAAAAUAAAAAGAAGAAACUGA